AUGAACGAUAAUCAACGUAAACUUAAAGAAGGCCAUAUAUUGCACUACAAAUCAGGCUUUCUAAGCAAAAAAUGGAAGGAUUCUUGGGUUGUAUUAUUUAGUGAUUCCGAAUUUGUAUGGUACGAUAAAAAGAAUGAUUCAAAGCCGGUUGGUUCGGUUUUCCUGAAAGAUGUUGUACCGUACACGUGCGUGGGACCUGUGUGUGAUCGCAUGCCAGUGCGUCGACCAGAUUUACCUAGUCGAUAUUCUUUGCAUCACUUAGUUGGUAUUGGUAUGGAUUCUCGUGCAUCAAAAGUUCACUGGUUUUUAUUUGCAUCCGAUUCUGAUCUCGAAUCGUGGUUCACCGAGAUUAUGAAGACAUUACCAAUGCCAGUUCCACCAGUAGCUGGAACCCAGCAACCUGUUGCUCCUGGCGGAAUUAAUCCAUCAGUUCCUAUUUAUAAUCCUCCUUCGAUAUACCCGAAUGCUCCGUCUUCACCGGCUCAAACAUAUCCUAGUCAACCAUAUAAUCCAGCACAGCAACCUUCACCUGUUCCUCCACAGUACGCUGGAUCUAUUCCAGCAUAUGGUGCUACCGGACUUAGUCAUGGUGGUGGUGGUACUACAGUUAUUGUUAAUGAUAGAGGUGGAAGAGAUUAUGGACCUACGUACGUUAGUGAUUCAAGUCGUAGAAGAGGUCUAGGUCUUGGUAGCGGCAUGUUAAUGGGAUCAUUAAUGGGUUUUGGUCUUGGAAGUAUGUGGGGUGGUGGUUUGCAUCAUUCUCCUUUUGGUCUUGGUUGUCAUGGCUUUUCAAGUCCACUUGGAAUGGGUAGUGGCUUUGGUGGAGGAUAUAUCCAGUUUCCAUUAAAUGGUAUCUGA